AUGGCUAUGCUCAAGGUUGUACUCACCACGGUUGUUGGAGCCGUUGGGGCUCUCGCAGCUUCGCGACCUUACUCAUCGGCCUACCUCGAGAAACAGUUUUCCCAAACCUUCGCUGACUCCUACAACAUUCUCAAAUAUGUCGGCGGUAUUGGUCCUUACUCAGACCGCACGGGCUACGGGAUCGACCCCAAUCCUCCUCCGGGUUGUGCUGUUGAUCAGGUCAUUAUGCUAAUGCGUCACGGGGAGCGGUACCCCGACGCCACGACAUAUGGGAGACUUGAAGCCGUGCUCAGAAAGCUAUACUCGUCGGGUAUUUCCCAAUGGUCGGGAGACCUCGCUUUCCUGAACGACUGGACCUUCUAUAUCAGCGACCCAGGUUACCUGGAACAGGAAACAUUCUCCGGUCCGUAUUCAGGACUCUUACAUGCCUUGAGACAAGGGUCCGAGUAUCGAGCUCGCUAUGGCCACCUCUGGGACGGAGACUCGGUUGUCCCCAUUUUUGCUAGUGACUACGAGCGUGUCAUCGAGACGGCGAGAUAUUUCGGUAUGGGAUUCUUCGGAUACAACUACUCUACCAAUGCCGCAAUCAACGUAAUUUCCGAAAAUGCAACGCGGGGAGCAAACAGUUUGACUCCUAGCUGCCCUGCCGAUACAAGCUUACUCGCGUGCUUUUAUGCCUCGAGAAGCCUGCCUCAAUUCAACGUGGCUGCGGCGAGAUUGAAUUCUCAGAAUCCAGGCCUGAAUCUGAACUCCAGCGACAUCGCGACGCUGAUGAGCGUGGCCCCCUACGAGCUUCAAGCUCGUCCAUAUUCGCCUUGGGUGGACGCAUUCACGCUUGACGAAUGGGUGGCAUUCGGUUAUAUUCAAGACUUGACUUACUAUUAUUGCUCAGGUCCUGGGGAUCCAUACGAGGUCGCUGUAGGCCAAGUCUUUGCAAAUGCGUCCCUUGCACUUCUUGAAGCCGGUCCGAGCCACGGAACCAUGUGGUGGAAUUUGUCAGUACAGACCCCAUUGUCCUGUGCGGAGCUCCAAUUUAACGCCUUCUUCUUUGACUUUCACAGCGCCCACGAUGCCAACAUCACUCCCGUCGUCGCGGCAUUGGGUCUGGACGUGCCCUCAUCACCUUUGCCAAACGAUACGAUCCCGUUCCCGAACCCCUACAGAUCGACCGACAUCGUCCCCAUGGGCGGCCAUCUCGUCCUGGAACGCCUGUCGUGCAAUGCUACCUCGGCUCCGACCCCACCCGGCGUCUACGUCCGAGCCCUGAUCAACGAGGCCGUGGUGCCCUGGCCGACAUGUCAAUCCGGGCCCGGCUUCUCGUGUCCGCUGGGCGAUUACAGUGCUAUGAUCGCUCGCGGGCCAAAUUUUGCGCAGAUGUGCAACGUCUCCGCGCUGGGCUAUCCCGAGUAUCUGGACUUCUGGUGGGAUUUCAACACCACGACAGAGCUGAAUUUCCAAAACGGCAGCAUUCCCUGGCAGCAGACGUAUACGCGUGUCAACGGAUGA